GCUCCAAGCGUAGCCAUGGCUGAGGUACUGGCCACCAUGGUGGUCGGGCCGCUGGUGUCCAUGGUGAAGGAGAAGGCCUCCAGCUACCUCCUGGACCAGUACAAGGUGAUGGAGGGCAUGGAGGAGCAGCACGAGAUUCUCAAGCGCAAGUUGUUGCACAUCCUGGACGUCAUCACCGACGCCGAGGAGCAGGCAGCAGCAAAGAGAGAAGGGGCGAAAGCUUGGCUGGAGAAGGUCAGGAAGGUGACCUACCAAGCGAAUGAUGUCCUCGACGAGUUCAAGUACGAGGCGCUGCGCCGCAAAGCCAAGAAGGAGGGCCACAACAAGGACCUCGGCAUAGAUGUAAUAAAGCUCUUCCCUACUCACAACCGUAUUGUUUUCCGUCACAGGAUGGCAAACAAGCUCCGUAUGAUCUUGCAAGAAAUUGAUGACCUCAUCAAAGAGAUGAAUGACUUUAGGUUCAUGUUCAAACCAGGGUCACCAGAGCCCAUAAAUUACUUGAGGCAGAAUAAUUCUGAUAUCGUCGACCCUGUGAACAUUGCCAAAGAAUCAAGAGCCCGAGAGAAGAAGGAUGUUGUUGAUAGAUUAUUCGCCCAAGCUAGCAGCUCGGAUCUCACGGUCCUUCCCAUCGUCGGAAUGGGAGGGUUGGGCAAGACCACCUUAGCGCAGCUCAUUUACAAUGACCCUGAAAUCAAGAAGCAUUUCCAGUUGCGGCUUUGGGUAUGUGUCUCUGAUAACUUUGAGGUGGAUUCCCUGGCUGAUAGAAUACUGAAAGAGAAUGAUUGUAAAGAAAAUGGAAGUUCACCACUGGGUAGGCUUCAAAAUGAAGUGAGUGGGAGGAGGUACCUCCUCGUAUUGGAUGAUGUCUGGAACCGUGAUGAGCACAAGUGGGAAAGGCUUAAGUCCUACCUUCAGCAUGGUGGCAGCGGUAGCUCAGUGCUGACAACAACUCGUGAUAAAGCAGUUGCUAAACUAAUGAUGGGCAAAACUGAAGGAGCCUAUAAACUUGAAAGCUUGGGUGCAUACUUCAUAGAGAAAAUUAUCAAGACAAGAGCAUUCAGUUCAAAAGAAGAGGAGUGGCCUGGUGAACUAGUUAAAAUGGUCGGACAAGUUGCCAAGAGAUGUGCUGGCUCUCCUUUGGCUGCUACAGCAUUGGGCUCUUUACUGCGUACCAAGACCACCGAGGAAGAAUGGAAGUCUGUAUUAAGAAGAAGCUCGAUUUGUGAUGAGGAAAAUAAAAUUUUACCAGUACUCAAGCUCAGUUACAAUGGCUUGCCAUCACAUAUGAGGCAGUGCUUUGCUUUCUGUGCUAUGUUUCCAAAGGAUUAUGAGAUUGAUGUGGAAAUGCUGAUCCAAUUGUGGAUGGCUAAUGGUUUUAUCCUAGAGAAACAAGGAGAACGCCCUGAAAUUACUGGUAAAAAUAUUUUCGUUGAGUUGGCAGCAAGAUCUUUUUUUCAAGAUGUGAAGGGAAUCCCAUUUCAGUUCAAUCAUACCGAGGUCUCAAGAAUUACUUGUAAGAUCCAUGACCUUAUGCAUGAUGUUGCAAUGGAUUCUAUGGGAAACGAAUGUGCUAAUAUAGGUAAAAAACUGAGUAAAUUUGAGGAUUUUCCAUAUUCUGCUCGUCAUUUAUUAAUGUCAGUUCAUGAAGCAGAAACUAUUCUGAAUGCUUCCCUAGAGAAAGGAUCUCCAGCUUUCCAAACAUUGAUAUGUGAUGGAUAUGUAAAAGAAGAUUUGAAGAUCUUAUCAAAAUACAACUCUAUCAGAGCUUUAAAGAUCCAUGGACAUUCAUUCCUAAGGCCGAAAUAUCUUCAUCACCUGAGGUAUCUUGAUCUCUCAGAAAGUAACAUUAAAGCACUCCCUGAAGACAUUAGCAUCCUAUAUCAUCUGCAAACACUGGACCUUUCUUAUUGUUAUUAUCUUCAGCGACUUCCAAAGGAACUGAAUUAUUUGACUUCCCUCCGUCACCUCUACACUCACGGAUGUAGAGAGUUGAAAAGCAUGCCCCGAGGGCUCGGACACCUCACUUCCCUGCAGACACUUACAUGCUUUGUAGCAGGUACCGACUCCGGUUGCAGUAAUGUGGGAGAGCUGCAGGAUUUGGACCUCGGUGGUAGGCUAGAGCUAAGACAGCUCGAAAAUGUCAUUGGAGCAAAUGGUGCGCAAGCAGCAGGUCUUGGAAACAAGAAAAAAUUGACUGAACUGAAGUUAAGAUGGACUGAUGGUGAUCAGGAAGCACAAAAUAAUAAUCACGAAGAGGUGGUGGAAGGUCUCAAACCUCAUGAUGGGCUGAAGGUCCUGAGGAUAUAUUCCUGUGGGAGCAGUACUUUUCCAACGUGGAUGGAUAUGUUGAAUGGCAUGGUGGAGCUUGAGUUAUCUGGUUGCAAAAAGCUCGAGAAGCUUCCUGCACUCUGGCAGUUACCAGCUCUGGAAAUUCUUCGUCUAGAAGGAUUGGAAAGUUUACAUUGUUUGUGCAGCGGCGCUGCUACAGCCGUCACAUUUCAGAAACUGAAGGUGCUUACCUUGGUUGAGAUGCCAAAAUUUGAGGCAUGGCUGGACACAGAUGUGGUACAAGGAGAAGAGACGAUAUUUCCCAAGGUUGAGGAGCUGGAGAUCCGCGAGUGUGGAAGUUUGACUGCACUACCAAAAGCAGCAUCAGUGAUUACGGAAUCGUCUGGCGGAGUUGACACUAAGUGCCGCUCCGCAUUUCCAGCAUUGAGGAACAUGACGUUAAGAUCUUUGAAUAUGUUUGAUAGAUGGGAGGCAGUCGAAGGAACUCCAGGAGACGGGGUAACAUUUCCUCGGCUCGAGGAACUGUACAUCUGGUCUUGUGCAAGCCUGGCUACACUACCGAAAGGGUCAUUAAUGGUUGAACAAUCAUUUGGCGGAGCUGAAACUGUGUGCCGCCGCUCUGCAUUUCCAGCACUACGGAAACUAGAGUUACGUGGGUUGUCGGCCCUUGAGAAAUGGGGGGCAGCCGAAGGAACUCCAGGAGAAGAGGUAACAUUUCCUCAGCUGGAGGACAUGACAAUUGAUGAAUGCCCAAAGUUGACUUAUCUACCUGAAGCACCUAAGCUAAGUGGAUUAGCCAUAAAAGGAGAAGGUCAACAACAAAUAUCCCUGCAGGCAGCUAGCAGAUGCAUUCCUUCGCUGUCCAGUCUGCGUCUGGAUGUGUCACCCGAUGACACGGAAACAACAUUGCUGCAUGUCAAGCAGAAAUGGGAUCAUGAACUCCCCCUGGCAGAUAUGUCGCUAGGUAGGUGCGACCUUUUGUUCUCCUCCCACCCAGGUGCACUAGCGUUGUGGACAUGUUUUGCACGGCUUGUAGAUUUGGCAAUUUUGAAUUGCGACGCUCUUGUCUACUGGCCAGUAAACGUGUUCCAGGUCCUGGUAUCCCUAAGGAGGUUAUGGAUUUUGAGAUGCAGCAAACUGACAGGACACACACAAGCUUCUGACGGGCAAUCUGCUCCAGAACAGGGUGGACUUCUGCCACGUCUGGAAUCUCUACAGAUAGGUUAUUGCACAUCUUUGGUGGAGGUCCCCAACCUGCCGGCAUCUCUCAAGGAAUUAGUUAUUGGUAUCUGCAGUGAUAAUAUCAAGUCCAUCAUAUUCAGUCAGCAUGAGUAUGUGAUGCCGGUGGGUGGAGAAGGUUUCGUACAGCCGGAUACGUCAUCAUUAAUUCCAGGGUCCAGCGGUAGUGAGGCCACGGCGUCUACAGCUGUACUGAAGCUGUCAUCAGCAGCCAACCAUCGCUCCCUUCCAUGCCUAGAAUCUCUAACUAUAGCGAUGUGCCAUCGUUUGUCAGAGGUUGCCAAUCUUCCUCCGUCUAUCAAGAUCUUGAAAAUUUUGGACUGCGACAACCUUCAAUCCCUAUCAGGAAAGCUACAUGUCGUCCAAAAAUUAUCUAUUGCGUGCUGCGAUAGGUUGGAGUCACUGGAAUCUUGCGUAGGAGAGCUGCGGUCGCUGGAAGAACUCAGUCUUCUUCAUUGCAGACGCCUGGUGUCCUUACCGGAUGGGCCUCAAGCAUACUCAUCUCUUAGACUUCUUGAGAUUCGUGGUUGUCAUGGUAUAAAGUUGCUUCCGCGGAGCCUACGGAGCCGUUUGGAUUGCCUCGAGGAGAAAAAUCUAGAUGCCCGUUACGAAGAAACGACUUGGAAACGUGCAAUCAGGACGCUGGCGUGCUCGAAAUAGCAGAUUGAGGACCUAAUAAAGAAAGUUACCAUCAAGUUUUUUUUGUGAGGGGAUAUCACCAAGGAUCGUUAUUACCAGACCUGUGACCGUGGUAGAAUGUAUAACAUACACUUACUGAAGAUAAUCUCCAGUGAACUCCAUCGGAAGUCCAAGAUUUUAAGCAGCAAACAAAUCCCAGAACGCAAGCUGAAGAAUUUAGCACAUGGAGCUCCAUGCUUGAGUCCUUUAUCCUUCUUCAAACUGAAGUCCUUUAUUGAACAGGAACGAGAUAAUGGAGGAGGAAUUAAUUGGACAGAAAUGAAGGGGUAAACAAAAGCAGUAGGGGGAACCUUCUGUUCUGUCUCUCGAGUUUGUUUCGGUCCGUUCUAGGUAGUGA